ACCAGGCGCUGAGGCGAAUUACUCGCUCGCUCGUGCCUCUCCCUCCGUCUCUCUCUCUCUUUUUUUUACGCGCGCUUACGCCCGCCUCUCCCAAGGCUCUGGGCCAGUCUGCUUCUGGCAGGUAGGCUGCGAGCGCCGGAGGUGCGCGCCUUGGAACAUCGGGAGUGCUGGUCUCCCGUAUCUCCCCCCCCCCCGCCCUCCUGCCAGUAGGACUCCACCCGGCGCGCCUCCGACCUUUCCAGGAAAGGGCCAAAAGUGCGCGCUUGGGGCUUUCACGCCCCUUCCCCGCCUGGCUUUUUUUUUCCCCCUCCCCUCCUUGCACGCCCACCUCUCCUGUCCGGCUGAGGGCAGCGGUAGGACGCGGCGCGCGCUUGGGGAGGUCUUUGCGUCGGCCUCAGCUGCGGAGAAUGAAUUAAAGCGGCUUUCCGGGAACGGCGGCGGCGGCGGCGGGGCGCGUCUCCGGUUACGGUGCGUCUUUCUCAUUGAAUGAAAGGAAUGGCCUUCCCUGUGGAUCUCCUGGAUAACUACAGUCAUGAAGAUCUUGAGAAUUCUGGAGAGGAUUAUCUAUCUGAACUAAGAUGUGGCGAUCCUGAAAAUCCAGAAUAUCUCUCUCUUGUUGAUAAUAUCAAGGUUCCAAUUUGUUUGUCAACUGUAGGCUUCAUCCCCCUUUAUGGCGGAGAAGAAAGACACAAAGUCCUUGCUUUAUUUGCACCGGAGGAUUCACUUGCAGCUGUUGCCUUGUUUCUGGCUGAUCAGUGGUGGACUAUCGAUGAUAUUUUGAGAACAUCAUCUCCUUCUAGAGAAGGACUUCUACGGGCAAAAACAAUAGGGGAGAGAGUGGUUCUUUAUGUGCUCAACAGAAUAAUUUAUCGUAAACAAGAAAUUGAGAAAAAUGAGGUUCCGUUCCUUUGCCAUGGUAGCCACGAUUAUGCAAAAAUUCUGUGGAAGAAAGGAAUGGCUAUUGGUUUCUAUUCUAUUAAACUGCCAGGGAGCAUUUGUAGUGCUUUUCUUACUCAGAGCUACCAGCUUCCUGUUCUGGACACAAUGUUUGUGAGGAAGAAGCAUCAGAACAAAGACUUUGGCCUUCUGAUGCUGGAAGAUUUUGUGGAUUCUUUCACAGAAGAUGCCCUUGGUUUGCGUUUCCCUCUGACAUCUUUCAUGCGUACUGCUUGCCAGAAGUACUUCGAAAGGUAUCCAGGGGAUCGUGACCUUCUGUGGGAAGUUGAAGGCAUAGGCCACUGGCACCAGCGAACACCUAUAGCUACUGUUUUGCAGAGAGAAAGUUUAAAACUCAAAGAAGCCUUGCAAAUAGAAGCUAACACUUCCCAGAAUGAGGAACGGUUUCUGCACUCUUCCACAGAUAACAGCCCAUCGCAUGAACAGGCAGUUGACCCCAGUGAAACACAUUUAAGUGUUGAUCUCCAUACAAAUAAAGAUGGCUUUGAUGUAUACGAAGGUACUUCUGAAGAACUUACUGCUUUACCAAUUCCUACUCGAUCACGAAGCAAUCAUCUGAAACGUCCAAAGUUGGGGAAAAGAAUUCAAGAACCUGGAGUUUCUGAAGCUGAAGAUGUAAAUACUUCUCAAACAUCAGGAAACAGAUUGGAUCCUAUUACUCAGGUAUCUGAACAUUCAGAAGAAUUGAUAGAUGAGAUGGAAGAAAAAGUAAUGGACAGUGAGCAGGAAAAGUUAGUGGAGAAUUCAAAACAAUCAGUUCAAGAAACACUCCAGCAGUGUAUUCCAUCAGAGAAGCAAGAUGAUAGAGAGGAAACAGAUAUAGAGCCAAUUAAUGGAGAGAUAAUGGAAAAUGCUAUCAAGGUAUCAAUAGUGACUGAAGGAUCAACAACAAAUGAAGUUCUGGAUGGAGAGUCAAAGUUACAAUCAGACAGUUCAGAAGAAGCAACUUUAACUUUACUUGUCCCACUAAUCCUUGAUUCUUCAGGAAAAUCCACUGAAGACAGUGAUGACAAUAUUUCAGAUAAGGUUGAGAAUUUGGCAGAUUCUGAGCUGCCAGCAGAAGAGGAGCAGGUUACACAAAGGAAAAGAGGAAAUGCCGAUCCUGUUUCAGCAGCAGAAAAAGAAUCUUCUAAUAAUGGUCUUUCAAACUCAGUAGCAGGUGAAGUUCCAGAAGAUGCCAUUUCUGAAAAUGUCUCUCCCAACACCACCUCUUCCUUGGAAGAGCAAAGCGAAGAGGGCGGAUCUGACUCCCCAGAAGCCCCCAUUGCUCUGGGUCAGGGGGCUCUGAUGAUGGUUGAAUUGGAGGACAUCUCUUACCAACAACAUUCUGAGGGACAAAAGAACCAAAUGGAUGAACAGUCUGAAGAGUCAGCUGAGCCAGUGUCUGAGAGAGCUGCUGACAGCAGUUCAGAAGAAGCAGAAAUUGAGGUGCCCGUAGUAGACAGGCGGACCUUACGAAGAAAGGCUAAAGGAUACAAAGGCCCACCUAAGAAAAAAGGAAAACUAAUUUGAACAGAAUUGUGGUCAACCUAUAAAUGGGAAUGAUUGCCAUUUUCAUUGUGUUUGUUUCUUCACAGAAAAAGCUGUAAAAUUACAUACCACUUUAGGAUACACAUGUAUUUAAAUACUGGAAUCAUUCCCAGUUUUUUAUAGUCUGUUACUUAUUUUGUUGUUUAACCACUAUAUAAAAGGAACUGAAUUGAUAUGGAAGUAAAUGUCUACUUUUGCUAAACAAUAAUCAUAAAGACACCAGAAUUUAAAGUGGGGACAGUAACUAUAAACCAAUUAUUUUGGAGAUGUUGAAAGUCCUAACAGAUGCCACCUUAACAAUUGUAUUGUUAAGCUGCCUCAAGUGGUUAUUUGUAAUCCCUCGUGUACAAUAACAGAUAAUUUGUGAAGUGUCAGGCAUUUUCUUCAUCCCUAAAUGGUUACGGUAAUUGCACACCUUGAUGCUUUUUCAAGCUUAUCAGGGAUAGGUAUAUAUAAUUAUGGUUUUUUUCCCUAAAUCCUGUUACUAUUAUUUUGUAGUAAAUUUACAAGCCUGUUUUAAACAGAAAUAUAAAAUACUUGAUAUUAUUUGUGCUUAGUUUAAAAUACCCUUCAACUUUUCUAUGGAUACUAUAUACCCAGGUUAAAGAUUAUAUGAUCCUAGCUAAACCUGAAUCUUCAAUCAGUGUUGAAGUACUCCUGAUUAUUUUGCCAGUGAAUAAAGCUCCUAAUACAUACAUAGUAAAUUACUUCAGAGUAAUUGUAGAUUAGACCAUCAUAAGAAUUUACGGUUAUCAUUUUCAAAGUAUUAGCAGUUGGACAGAUUCAGUCUUUGGUUUGAAGCAUAUUUAGUCUUCAGUUUGAGUAUAUACUAGUAAAAAUAUUCAUUUGAAAAUACGUGAAAGUGUUCAUUUUACUCUUUUCAGAAUUGGUCUGUUCUGGCUCCUAGCUGUAAAAGCUCUUAGGCUUCUCAGUAAUAGCUCAGUUGAUUGCUUUUUAAAAAAAUAACUCCUCUUGACAUAGAGAUGCUGAAUUUUUGUUUUUGUUUUUGUUUUAAAGUGUGUCAUGAGAAGUUUUGGCUUUAUGAGGUUUAUGGAGUUGCCAAGUUGUUUGGAUUUUCAGCACGAUACACAUUUUUCUACCAGUGUACAUUUUGUAUAUCGUGUAUUAGAAUUUGUGCAGAAAUCUUGGUUCUAAUAUAAACACUUUCUAUGAAGCACAUAAAGAAGCUUGUAUCUUGUACUCCCCCCCUUUUUUUUGGGUAAAAUAAGACAUUUUGACAAUUUAAGGUUUUUUGCUACUUAGUGCUGAAGUUUUCGAGAUGGACAAGGUUAGAUAACAGUUUUUGAAAGGAACCAUAGCUAUGAAUGUUAGAUGUAUUGAGCUAGAUAAACAUGCCAAGGGGUUUGAUAAUUCUCAUUCUGUAAAACAAAACAAUGUUUUGUGAAGUGGUUAAGUGUGUAUUUCUAUUAUGGCUUCUGGACUGGUGGUGAUUUAAUACUAUACUAAAUGUGUUUUAAAUCAGUGUUUUUCCCAAACCAUAAUUUGACUUGUACAUUUAAAUAAAAAAAAUUAUUCUCAGUCUGUAAAUUAAAUUGGUCUAUAUAACAUUUAAUUGCAAAGUUAUUUCUUACAUGAGAGCUGAGCUUAACUUUUUUAGGAUAUUCAGUUAUAAAAUCUUAAGGAAAGGUAAUUUUGACAUCUGUGGUCACCCCAGAAAACUUUUUCAUUGUUUUGUCUAUAAACCAAAAAGAUAUUUUCCCUUGUAUGUACAAGAAAAAAGUUCCGCAGAAAGUAAUCUACUAGCUGAAAUUAUUCAAAACUAUCGCUUGGAGCACAUAUUGUUUAUAAAAAUAUACGAUGCCUGUAGCAAGGUCUGGAAGAAUUAAAUUAAAUACUGAUUUGUUAUGAUAGCAAAUAUUUCUAUGUAUUAUGUAACUAAAACUUAUUUUUUUCCCCUCACUGGAAUUAGGUAAUCUUGCUUCAGUAAUAUGCUAUUGGUGUCUUAUCAACUAUCGUCUUGUAACUUUUUUACAUUGCAGCAGUUAUUGAAGUAAAACACUUAAAUUAUGCUGAGAAAUUAGUUAAAAACAAAUUUGUAAAGCCAAAUUAAAAUGUGCAGUGCUGUGCAGCUUCACAAAGGAACAUGUUCUCAAAAGGAUUAUUAUAUUGUUUAGCUUAAAUAGGUGAAAAUAAUUAUUGGGUCUGCAAAGAACAAAAUAGACCAGCUUUUGAUAAAAGUUCAUAGCAGAAAUGAAAAAGAUACUGUACAAAACAAAAUUAAAAAGCAGUAUUAUUCAUCUGUUUUUAGUUUUAUAUUUAAAGUAGCAUGUGAACUCAACUUUGUUUUUAACUAUAUAGUUUUCUAGAAUCUCAUCAUUUAUUCAGGUUCUUACUGCUUCCAGUGUCAAGGUGUAUUUUACAUUUCAUGCAUGUUAUCAUUUUCAAGUAUGAUUUCAUGAACUGUUUUACUGUACCUAUUGCAUGAAGUAUGUAGAAUCUUCUACAUAAAUUUAAUAAAAUGUUUACCUUUUA